AUGUAUUUGAUUAUCUACUUUCUCUUCCAUGAAAUAUAUUGCUAGUGCUACUAGAAGUAUAAGGAUUAGACGAUAUAUUUAUCUCCUGGAGAAACUUUAAAAUUAGAUUUGUAAAAUUACAUAUACGGUAAGCAACUUCAAUAUUCAUCCUCUAAUGAUUGCCUGGAGAAUAAGAUACGUUAUAACAAUAUCAGCUUAUUUAACUAAGUGCCGUCAGAGUACUCAGAAUAUAGUUUAUGCUAUGACCCUAAGAGUGGAGUUUGUAAUAAAAUGAAAUUUAUUAGUAUUAUUCUAGAACUAGGACAGAUGGUGGAAAUGCAUGUAAUAAAGUAACAAGCCACAAUAUAAUUUUAUAAUAUCAGCGAUACUCUUUCAACCUCCAUCUACAAUACCUCCUUCAAAAUCGAUUCAGUAUAAAUAUUGACUUAUCAUGUAGAACAUGGUGUGCAACAAUGUCCUCUGCAUGAGAUUGAAUAUGGGCUUGGUCGAAUGUAAUCACAAAACCAGACAGCAAUCAAACAUCUUUCUGAUUAAUGCAACUUCGCAGUAAACUUAAAUCCAUUUUCUACAAACAAAUGAUUUGGGUCCAAUCUAGUAAUUGACAUCAUAAUUCAUAGAGCAGGAAUUAUAAAUUAUAUCAACGAGGACCUAGUGAGUUUUUACAAAAUGAUCAAUGUUCUGAAUGACAGUCGAAUCGACAUAUACACCAUAAACAUUACAUCCAAAGAACUGAUUGUUUCCACAAGAAUUGACAAACAAGUCUAUUAAAUCGAAUCCUUAAAUCUAUUCGAUUUCCUCAUUUACAACUCUGCUCUCUACUUCCUAUCAAAAGAACUCGGCUUGUGUUUAAUCAAGAAUUACAUCAAUCAAUACUGUUGGAGUAUGAAUGAUAUCUUCGAUGUCUUCAGUGUGUACAUAGAGCAAAAUGGAUAUCAUAGUGUACUCUUGGGUUCUACCAUUACCUUGGACAUCUUUAAAGUCAACUUGUUUGAUGAUUAAACCUACAAAAUCAUCCAGAUGUACAAGUUGUAGAAGAACAUGACCUUUUCUAAAAUAUUCCACAAUGAUAAAUACAGUUUCAUAAUAGGAACCAAAAACAAUAACACCAAGAAGUAUUUUCUGGAUAUCUACUCUCAGAUGGAUGAUUAAACAUCCAAUCUAUAUAAAACUAUUGAAAUCACAUCCUAAAAUGAGCUCUUCUAUUUCGAUAGUCUAAACAGUAUGAUGAAUUAUUAAUUUAGAUCACGUCUUUGCAAUCAACAACAAGUCCAUCUUCAUCAUAACCCCACAGGUUUCAUAUAUAACUAUAGACGAUGGUUAAUGUUUUGGUGAUAUCAUUGAGAUUCAAGCCUCAUUCCCUUCUUUGGAGAUGGAAUCCUUAUGCAAUUUCACAUUCUAUAUAAAUAAACUGGAAGAGGGAAGCUAGGAUAUUUAUGACAAAUAGGAACUCGAAGCUUCCGUAAUUGUAUUAAAUAAAAGUAUCAAUAAUUUAUACCUGAACAACUAUGUGAUUGGUCCUAAUGUAGACUAUUACCUCUAUAAUACAUCAUCUGUGGAGACUAGCAGGAAAUCCAAUGAGGAUGAUUUUGAGAGGAUCAAAUUCAAAGAAAACUUUAGGAUCUCCUAUGCCUAAACGAUGGAAAUCACUUCUAUUAUUUUUAAUCGAGCCUUCAGAAUUGCUGCUGAGAAUCAGUAUAUUCAAAUUAUCUAAUGGAAAGACUUAACUCUUCAAAUCUUCAAUUGCAUCAUCUAUGAAAGCGAUAAAGACAUCAAUUGCAACUACAGACAAAACAUCAAAUAUUUAAAUCCAAUCUUGCAAAUUGUCACAGGAUUGACAUGCUCCACUGAAUGCUUUGUUAUAAAGUAGGAAAAGAGAGCAGAUCUCUACAUUGAGAACAAUGGGAGAUUUAUAGCAACCAAUUGUUUCAUUGAGUCCCAAUACAAUAUCUAGACCAUCAAAUUGCACUUGGAGAAAUACUUAGUAGAAUUGGAGAAUAAUAAGAUUCAGGUAUGAAUUCAUUUAAUCUAGGUAUUCUUGCCGGUGUUUAAAUCAUCUGUGACUUGUAGUCUAGAGAAGGUGUUUGAGGUCACUUCUCUUGAAUUAGAGGAUCUUGUAAAUAGUAGCAGAUCUAUCAACAUAUUCAAUGUUAAAACCAAUAUCAACAUUUACAACCUCUACAUUUCGACUAAUUUAGGUUUAAUCAUUAUAGACCCAGGUUUGAAGAGAUUUCAGCAAAUCCAAUUAAUUGCGUUCGUAAAAUUUAAUUAAUAAUUUGACACCGUCUUGUAAGUGAUCAGAAAUCGUAUCAUAACUUUAUAGUACAACUAGAUCAUGAUUAUCAAUUUAGUCUAAUAAAAUUUCUAUUAUAACGAAAAAGCAUUACCUAAAUAUGAUUUCACGAUCACAAACACAACAAAUUCAUAAGUAGCAUUUUCUCAAAAUUAUUUUUAUUUAUAAGCAAAAGAUUCCAAUUACUCCGAUGUUAUUAUCGUCUAUAAAGUGGAUGAACCUUAGAUUGCUUCCUUUCAUACUUACUUCUUUAAAACUAACCAUCUUGAUUUUAGCAUUAUAUAAAAUUAGGACGAUGAAAUAUUUUUGGUGCAAUUGUUCGAAGCAUAAAAAUUGUAUAGUUCAGUCAUUUUGCAAUUCAAAUCAUCGUAAUCAAACAUAAUUAAAGUGCUCUUCUAGGGCUUUACGAGUUAUGCAAAGUUAAUGGAUGUAAAUGUCAAUGUGAAAACUGCAGAAAAGCAAUACAAUCUUUCAUUGUUAAUCAACGAAACCUAGACUAUAAUCUACGAGGAUUUGGCUCAAAAUUUCAUCUAAUUGGAUGGGUACAAUGAUUACAUUGAUGGAAGCGUGAGUGAAUGGUCCAUCAAAUGUUUCUCUUGUAAAAAGGAACUAGAACUUAUCAAUAACAUCAAUUACGACCAAUAUCUAACAUAAAUUCCCAAUACUACUCAAAUUAAACACACCUAUGAUUAUGUCUUAAUAUAGCAAGAAUAGAGUAUUAUCGCCAUUGAUAAUUUUGGUAUGGUCAAAUUUUAUAUCCCAUUGCCUCUGCCUGAAAAAUCGACUAAAUGCACUUCCAUCACUGGCAAUACUUAAGAAACCAAAACAAAAUUAGUAGUUUCCGUAUGCAAUACGACAUCCUCAGCUCAGUUUUACAUUACUUCAUUCAUAGGUUCACUGCCUGUUGCCAUGGGUCCUUUCUAUUCUCCGUUAGUAAUAAAUCAAAUCACUCAUAUAAGAAUGUUGCAUGAAAUACUGUUUAUUUUGGAUGUUGUUACUGAAUAUGUUUACAUGUUCAAUCUAACUAUUGAGGAUUAUCAGACAGAUAAUUUGAGAGUCAUAAAUUCACUCAAUGCGAGAGAAUUCACAGCUGAUAAAGGUUAGGUCUUUGUUAGUUUUGAUGUAGCAUAUAAUGACAAUACUUAUCUGUUGUUUUUGCUGACAAAUUCCUCAUGUAAAACCUAUAUAAAUUAUCAUAGAAUUUAUCAUAUACACCUAUCCUUAGGAUGAUGCUUAUACAUCUGAUCUGAUAUCCUAUUUCUAUGAACUGGGAUUCACGGACAUACCCUCCAACAUAGUACCAUAAUCAUUGAUAGUAGCUGAGGCAGGACAAAAGGAGUAGAAGCAAUUUUACAGGAUCAUUGUGGCCAAUCAGAAUUUUCAUCACUAUGAAUUAGAAAUAACAAUCGAGUAUUAGAACAAGGACACUCUUAUUAAUUUAGAAUUCAUUAGAGCUUACAUGCAAUAUGGAUACUUCUACGCUAAUGGGAAGAUCAGGGUCUCUGAGGAGUCACAGGGAUUCUUUGGGCUGAUAUACUAAAAUCCAUUAGAUGAAAAAUAGAAACUAUUGGUCGUGUAUGAUAGAUUUAGUAAAGGUAAGGAAAAGCUGAGAAAGAUACUAGGGGGAUUCAAGUUAUUUUCGAAUAAUCAAAUGUAAUUAUCUGUAUAUUUUUAAGACUAUUUGAUUUUCUACAUUUUAAGAGGAUGAAUGAUGAGUUUUCAUAUGGUAUCAUUUUAUAAGAUGGGCCUUUGUUAAGUUCUUUGACUCUUUCUAGAUAUUUGGCAAUAAAAGUUAAAGACAAGGAAUUUCAAACACAAAAUAUAACAUUCAAUGCCUCGAAUGACUUUGGGAAAUGGGUUAGUUUUCAAGCAAAUAUUUAUAAUAGAUCUGGAUAAGUAAUAGAAUUAUAAUUUAUUAAUUAGACUAAGUUACUUUUGAUAAUGGUAUCUUUGGGGUUUGUUGUAUUUAUUGUAGUAUCUUCAUCCUUACUUUAUAUUCGGAACAAAUUAAAUAAACUUGAAAUAAAGCAUUUGGGGGAGAUCGAGGAGGAAGAAGCCAUAGUUAAAGAAGAUCAAUGA